GACAAGAGCAAUGAAAAAGGAGACAAGGUAGAACAGGAAUCCCCUGAGGAUACCCGUCUGAUAGAGCUUGACGAGUCUCAGAAGAGUGAGCACACAGUUUUUAUAAUGCCACCUGAGCCUCUUCCAGAGGAUGGGCCUGAUCCCGCUCCAAAAUAUAGGUACAAAUGUUUUCCACGGCUUGAUUAUGCUCUCUUUGACCGGACUCGUGAGCAGUACCUUACAUUUAAUGGAAACUCAAAAGACAAGCGAGCUGCAAGCAGUCCUACGUUUAUUGCUAAGAGGACCAAACAGGAAGUUAAAGCAGCUCACAAAUUGGCCAGGAAAUAUUACACCAAUCCCAGUAAC